AUGUCCAGGCCCAGAUCAGGAGUACGCGGGCCCAACUCGGCAUUAACCGAGUUUCUUAAAAAUGAAGGAAUCACAGACGCGUUUCGCCGAAGGCAGAUCCACACACCGACGUCUCGUACACCAGAAGAACCAGAACCUAGCGCCACCGAAGAGAUUUCUAGUGAAGAAGAGCAGAUCCGCACGGCAGGACGCAAGAAAAGACGAGCAGCACGCAAACUUGCCAAGGGAAGCGAUAGCGGCUCGGACAGUGGAUCCGAUAGCGACUUCAACAUUUCCGAUGACGCGUCAAGCGGUGACGAUUUGGAUGUGGGACAUAAAUUUGGUGAACAGGAUCUUUGUGUUGACUGCGGUAACUCCUUCACCCUCACAGUGUACUCACGUUACCUUGAUCUGCACAAGGGAUACCUAUGUGAGGACUGUAAUGAGGCACUCAAGAAGAAAGAAAAAGCUGCUAGAAGAAAUCAGUUGAACGCGAGGAAGAAGCGUAAGCGCUUGGCUCAAGCGCUACUUGAUCGAACUACAGUACAUGUCCCAUCAUUACAAGAUGUAUGCAUUCGCGUCAUUACGAAGAACAUCUCUGAUGUUGAAGCCUUAGGCGAGAUUGGCCAGACGAACAUAAAUAAGAUCUCACGAAUUCUAUCGAAAAACAGGUCUCUCAAUGAUGAGACAAUGACCCUUUUUUUGAGUCCUGAUAUUCGAGAGAUUGAAUUCUGGGAUUGUCUGAAUGUGUCUAGUGCUUGUUUUGACAAGAUUGCUGCGUACUGUUCUCAACUCGAAGCCUUGACUUUGUUCAUGUGCGGGCAGUUCCACAACGACAAUCUCAUUUACUAUAAAGACAAGCUUUUGAAUCUUAAAAAGUUGGCCUUGAAUGGGCCUUUCUUGAUCAGUGACCAGAUGUGGACUUCUUUCUUCAAAGAAGCCCAAUGUCCGUUGCAACAGUUUGAGAUCCGUAACACCCACCGCUUUGGUAACGACGCUCUAUUAGCUCUAUUGGAGCGAUGGGGUCGGAACUUGACGUCGUUGAAACUCUCUCGCUUGGACAGUCUAGACACCGUUGGAAUCUACGAACUCAUUCCAGAGUUUCUUGGCCCCUCUACAUUGACUAGUCUCGAGCUUUCUUAUCCAUGCAAGACCGAUAUUAUCACAGAUGAGCUAUUAAUUUACAUUCUUGCUGUCACUGGCGAAUCACUUCGGCACCUUAAUGUUGACGGAUGCUCGAGCCUUACUGAUCAAUUUCUAAUUGAAGGAGUAGGAAAAUUCUGUCCCAAUCUCGAAUCUCUUUCGAUGCGAAAUCUUGACUUGAUUACUGACGAAGGUUUCGUUCAGGCUUUUGAAGAGUUUUCGGCAAUAAACAGUGGCGGUCUUGUUACUGUGGAUCUUACGAAGUGUGUAGGCUUGGGAGAUAAAGCGAUCCAUGCUUUGCUUGUCCAUUCAGGAAACACGCUUGUCGAGCUUUCUUUGAACUCGCUUAACAAAUUGACCAAAUCUUUCCUAUUGCAAGUAUUAACAGAUGAUAAUGCUACUUGGAAAAACACCCUCAAGGAAUCAAUUGAAGAUGGUGUCAAUGACACAAUCGAAAAUGAGGAGGAGAAGAAGGUUUUUUUUCUGAAGGUGAAUUUCCCGCUUCUAACGCGCUUGGAUGUUGGCUUUGUCAGAGCCUUUGAUGAUGGAGUUGCUGCUUUAGUCAGCGAAGAAUGUCCCAAACUUAAUAUUUUGGAGGUUUACGGUGAUAACAAGUGUACAUCUAAAGCGAAAGUGCGCUCUGACUUGUUGAUUAUUGGACGCCAAAGCGAUGCCGUUUAA